AUGGCACCAGUCAGAUAUAAACCAGUCAGAUAUAAACCAGUCAGAUAUAAACCAGUCAGAUAUAAACCAGUCAGAUAUAAACCCGUCAGAUAUAACCAGUCAGUUAUGGCACAGUCAGGUAUAAACCAGUCAGAUAUAAACCGUCAAUAUAAACCAGUCAGAUAUAAACCCGUCAGAUAUAAACCAGUCAGAUAUAAACCAGUCAGAUAUAAACAGUCAGAUAUAAACCAGUCAGUAUGGCAUCCAGUCAGAUAUAAAACCAGUCAGAUAUAAACCAGUCAGUAUGGCACCAGUCAGAUAUAAACCAGUCAGAUAUAAACCAGUCAGAUAUAAACCAGUCAGAUAUAAAACCAGCAGUAUGGCAAACAGUCAGAUAUAAACCAGUCAGAUCAUAAACCAGUCAGUAUGGCACCAGUCAGAUAUAAACCAGUCAGAUAUAAACCAGUCAGUAUGGCACCAGUCAGAUAUAAACAAGUCAGAUAUAAACCAGUCAGAUAUAAACCAGUCAGUAUGGCACCAGUCAGAUAUAAACCAGUCAGAUAUAAACCAGUCAGUAUGGCACCAGUCAGAUAUAAACCAGUCAGAUAUAAACCAGUCAGAUAUAAACCAGUCAGAUAUAAACCAGUCAGUAUGGCACCAGUCAGAUAUAAACCAGUCAGAUAUAAACCAGUCAGAUAUAAACCAGUCAGUAUGGCACCAGUCAGAUAUAAACCAGUCAGAUAUAAACCAGUCAGAUAUAAACCAGUCAGAUAUAAACCAGUCAGAUAUAAACCAGUCAGUAUGGCACCAGUCAGAUAUAAACCAGUCAGAUAUAAACCAGUCAGUAUGGCACCAGUCAGAUAUAAACCAGUCAGAUAUAAACCAGUCAGAUAUAAACCAGUCAGAUAUAAACCAGUCAGUAUGGCACCAGUCAGAUAUAAACCAGUCAGAUAUAAACCAGUCAGAUAUAAACCAGUCAGAUAUAAACCAGUCAGAUAUAAACCAGUCAGUAUGGCACCAGUCAGAUAUAAACCAGUCAGAUAUAAACCAGUCAGAUAUAAACCAGUCAGAUAUAAACCAGUCAGAUAUAAACCAGUCAGAUAUAAACCAGUCAGUAUGGCACCAGUCAGAUAUAAACCAGUCAGAUAUAAACCAGUCAGAUAUAAACCAGUCAGAUAUAAACCAGUCAGAUAUAAACCAGUCAGUAUGGCACCAGUCAGAUAUAAACCAGUCAGGUAUAAACCAGUCAGAUAUAAACCAGUCAGAUAUAAACCAGUCAGAUAUAAACCAGUCAGAUAUAAACCAGUCAGAUAUAAACCAGUCAGAUAUAAACCAGUCAGAUAUAAACCAGUCAGAUAUAAACCAGUCAGAUAUAAAC